AACCAGCGAGUUCAGCCAUGAAAGUCCUGGUGGUCAUGUGCGUUGUCCUGGCCGUUGCGGCUGCCGGCCACCACUCGCACACCGCUGGCGAGCCGAAGAACCAGGGACAGCCGGACGCGCUCCAAUACUGGAUGAAUUUGCUUUCCCCCUACGCCAGAUAUACUAGUGCUUUCUUGAGAAACAUCCCUGGCUUCGCCCCGGGCGGUGACCACCAUCAAGCCUACGGUCAAAACGCCAAUUACGACGCCAGCGUCCUCUUCACUCCUGUUGUUGGCUCGUUUAGCUACUUGGACCUCCGUGGUGUGAACCGGACGGUCAAUUUCUCUGCGGACAGGUCUGGCUUCCACAUAACUGUGGACCCCCACACGGAGGUGACCACCAGCUAUGAAAACAACCACGACUAGCGCGGCGCUCUCUGAGCAAGCCCGCCUGUAAGACGGGGCCGCUCUGGGUAAUGGUAAAGUACCUGCCCUGCCAAGUACCUGCCCUUCGGUGUCCACUGCUUCCGGCGCUCCCGUCACGUUCCAGGGCACGCACGGCCCGGAGGGCGUAUUUUACUCGUAGCGCUCUAUUCACCCCGACCCUUUCCUUACCUUCGCCUGUUUUGGUAAGCGUUCUGUGCGCUGCUCACUUGCGGGCAAAUGCGAAAUUUGCAUCUCUGACUCGCUCCCAAACGUUCUGGUUGUGUUCAUUUGCC